GUUAGUUGGUAGAGUAAAACAACUGUUGAAAAUAUCUGCUAUAAAAGCGGUAUAAUUUUCAAGAGUAACUUUCAGUUUCUUUACGAAAUUGUAACGUGAAUUACUUUGUCAGCAGAUAACAAUAGCGUAGUAGUCACAUACAAUAUUUUUAUAAUACACGUUCUUGUUGUUGCUGCUGCUGCUGUUGUGUUUCUUUUUCUUGAUUCGUUUUUUUUGUUUUUUUUUAUUUUUGAAGGAGAGCAAUAACCGUCACAAAGCACUAAUAUGAAGCUCACGGUUGUUACGUUAUUUCUGGCUGGACUAACGAUUUGUUGUAAGUGUGUGACGGUAUUAUCUUUGCCACCAUCGCUUAUCGCCCAAGCGGCUUCCUUGAAGAAGCGGCCAACGCACAAUGGCGACUCGAAAGGUCUUUGGGUAAAGGACGCACGUUUCUUUUGGGAAAAACGUGAGCUUAAAAUCGCUUUCUGCUCGUCGUUUGAAACUAUUAUUGAAAUAAAUUAUAUUGCUUCCACAGCGCCAGACAAUGCAGUAAAUAAUAUGCCUGCCGUGGCGAUGGCGACAUUACAAAGUGGCCUCAAUGAAAUGCCUGCGGAGCCACGAGAAAUUACUGAUCAACAUAAUCAACGAGCGGUUCCCGCCGCACCAAACGAUUGGUAUAAAUUCUUAAAGCCUUUAAAAUAUUGGGGCAAACAUUGUCAGACUGAAAAUGAAAACAAUUGCCCUCAGGCAUAUUAUCGCGCUCUGAUUGCUGACAGUGCGGCAAGGGACAAGGAUGACAACAAUUCUGAAAAUAAUUUACAAAAAUUACAGCAAAUUUUAUCAAUAACAAGGAUCGAGAGUUCGAGUUCUUGUGGCCUUAGGGACUACCUUUACCAGACUUUUGUCUGUAGUUCUACUGUAGAUCCUUUUGUUUUUGCUUUUUGUGUCUUUGAUUGCAGAAAUAAUGCUUUGUUAGGUCAGCAGGAUCGCCAACGUGAUUACAGUGAAGAUCCUUCAUUGCAUGUCGAUACAGUUCCAGCAGAAACCUUUGAAACUUUUGAUGACUCCACAGAAUCUAUGCGGAGUAAUGAUGACAUAUUCUUGUUAUUAAAUGCGGAAAGUAGUCUCAUCAAAUUUCUAACGUGGGCUUUACUGCAAAUGUAUCGCACACGCGAUUUACUCGAUUUGAAUGAUCUUACAUCAGCCGAUAAUUACGAUCCGACUAUGUUUCUAUGGAAAAAACUGAACUCGUCCGGGCAAGUGGAACCGCCCUUAAUAGUUGAUGAACCAUAUUAUGUGAUCGUACGUCGUCAAUCACACGGUGACGAUGAAAGAGAAUGGGAUUACAGAAGCGAUCCAUUUAUACCGAAACGGGGACGUAAACACGAUCUACCCGACUUAUAUAGCUUACUGCAACGUUAUGAGACAUUUGUACCAAAUCGCGGCAAAAGAUUAUCGAAAACAGAUAUAAAUUUAUUGCUAAAGUCGAUGGAACCGUUUACACCGACACGCGGUAAACGUAAUAAUCUAUUCUCAAAUGAAGACGAAGAAACUGCACAAGGUAGGAUGAAAUCUUCCUCAAGAGCAUUGCAUUCGCAAAUUCAACCUAAUCGAUUACGCUUUAAACGGAGUGCAAGAAAUUUUCAAAGUCAAACGCAUAAUGAACGAAUUUCACAUAAUAUGUGGCUUUCUAAAGCGAACGAUUCGCAAGCAAGACCUCAACUAGAAAAUUUGGCAACAAUUCAGAGACAAGUACAACAUAAAUCUAUUGCAUUAAAUUUCUUCGAUGGAAUGCCUGACAAUGAGAAUUUAUCGAAAGAGAUGGUAAUUCCGCAGAGCUAUAACCAACCGUAUAACAAACGCUUUAAUCUUAUAGUUAAUGUUUUAAGGCAAAAACAACAACAAAAGCAAAAUAAUUGCGCGACGCCUUUGGCUAAAGAGUUCUAA